GUGUGAACAGAGUCACAGAAGAAGAAGCCCCAGCAAAUAGCAACAACAGCAACCGAGAGAGAGCAGAAGCAACAACGAUCACCACCGUCCCAUUAUCGGCUGGCUGAGCUAUUUUGGUAGUAGACUUUGUCGACCUCUUCGCACAACAACAGAGGUUUUGACAACCAACGCAAACGAAAGUAAAACGUAGAAGGGAGCUCGAAGUGACGGUCCUUUUGCUGCAGCCAUUUCGCCCGACGAGUAGUAGUGAACUUCUCUUAGAACCGCCACCGAUCGAUCGUGUGACCAACCGCCGUACAAGAAUACUUUGGUACAACCAUGUCGACGUUUGAGAAUGAACGAGGCCUUCCACCGGCGCAGCGCAACAUGAGCGCUGCUGCUCGUGCUGCUGCGGCCGACGCCCUUGUGAACGAAGAGCCGCGGGCCAAGCGAGUCAAGUCCGACCCGACCAUGACCAUUACGUCGCCCGAAUUGGACCGCUCUCGUCAAGUGGCAUCAGCUGCCGUCAGUAACGAGAAGAUUGCCAAGUUGAAGCAGCGUCAAGUCAUGAAAGGUCACAAGGUUAGCAAGCUGACGGACUUUGAUUUCGCCCAACAAGCCAUUGUAGCCGACAGCGAAGACGACAUUGACGCCAUUGUGGAGCGUCUUUACAAACUGCAGUGUUUCCGCGAUGAGUACCAAAUACUAGACACGGUCGAGGAAGGAGUCGCGUUGAUCCAAAAACUCAUGGAGAUCAUGCCUGGAUACUUGCUCAGUGUCGACUUUGCUCCGCGCUACGGCUCGCACAUUUUCGUUUGGGACUUUGCGGCAUUCCAACCCGCCACCCUCCAAGACCCUGACAAGAUGCGCAUCUUCAUGGGAGCUCUCUACUACAUCUUCCAGUGUCUCAGCACCAACUUGAAAGCUGCCAGAGCCGGUGUUGUCAUCAUUACCGAGUGUCAGGGCAUGACCAGUGAAAACUUUGACUUUCAUAUCGAACAAAAGAUGCUCUCGGAACUCUUCUGUCAUUACCCAUUCAAGUACAAGGAGUGCCUCUGGCUAAACACUCCCGUGAUUGCCAAUAUUGCCUAUGGUCUUCUCAAGCCACUCGUGAACAAGUCCUUCCUGGCGACAUGGAGAAUGGGAUGCAAGCUAGAUGGAUACGAAGGACGCGUCGAUUCGCUCUUCAAGCAGCCAACAUUGGCCAUUGCACAAGAACAAUUACUCAAGAGAGUCGAAGGAUUUCUCACGGAGCGAGCUCAAAAUGUUCGCAACUUUGAGCUUUGUGAAAAGAUGGUCUAUAACCCUCCACCGGAAGGACAAGGACCGCCUCUUCCUGCUGCUGCUCGAGGACCAAGACCACAAGGAGCUGCCGCUCGAGGUCCAAGACCUGGAAUGCCGGGUCCAAGACCUCCCAUGGCAAGACCGGGCAUGAGACCUGGCAUGCAAAUGCCAAGAGCCGGCCCUCGGCAUGCAGCGGCUGCCUCUGGUAUUGCACAAGCUCGUGCUGCACAGCUUGCCAGAGCCGCCGCCCGGGCUGCUGCCGCCGCUGCUAGAGCUAAUGCUAAUGCAGAAGGAAACUGAAUAUGAGUUGAAGUGAAUUCGGCUUUUCUUUCUUGCACUCUAACUCUUCCUGCUUGGAGACGUUUUUGGUGGCUGUCCGUUUGGCCUGGGGACAAGCGGAGGACCAAAAACAAGUGUCAUUCUAAUCAAUCAAACAAUCGAAGCAUUGGCGUAACGUCAUGAUAUGACUAGAAUAUCAUGGCGUUGCCCCAAUCUAUCGAUCAGACAAACAAACGAACGAACACACAAACACAAAACAGAUAAAUGACUGUACGGACAAAUUGUACAAAUAGAGGUUGCUCUUCAUAACGAAACAGAAUCUUUUUGAAAAUACAUAUUCAGUACCU